AGAUUCUCAUCAUGGAUGCAGCCGACAAACCUGCAGCAACUGUGUGAUGCUGUCAUGUCAAUAUGGAGAAAACCUCUGAGGAAGGUUUCCACCACCUGCUUCCAUCUAUGCCAUGAAGAAUUACAAGCUGUCAGAUAAUGAACUCCUUUUUUAAAUUACAGUUAAAAAUUUCAUAAAUCAGUCUGAAUGUCCUAAAAAUGCCAAACAUCACAAACAAUUAUGUUGUUGUUUUCAACGUUAUUGUUCCACUGCUGGAAAAUCAGGAAGCAUGAUUACGUUCCGUUCUGUUUUGUUGCUGCAUCGAAGCAGAAUCGCCCGCGUCCAGAUCGCGAUGCAUCAUAGAAACGACUCAAUUCAACACACCUAGUUCUGAAUGGCUUUAAUCUUCUGCUCCAGACUCUGUCUUCAGGCGUGCACAUACCAUGGAAGAUUUCCCAUUAACUUUCACAAGAGACUUCGUGAUAAGAACUGGGAAGGUUUGUUCUUCAGCUGCAGACUCGGCCUUUGAUGCUGUUGUUGGCUGUAUAGAAGACAUCAUCAUGGAAGAAGAAUUCCAUCAGCUUCAGCUGGGUUUCAUGGAGAGACACUACCUGGAUUUUGACAACUCCGAUGAGAACAAGCUGAACUACACACUCAUCUUUAAAGAAUAUGUUAACCUGCUGGAAAACCACCUGGAGCAGCAGCUGAUGGAGAGGAUCUCUGGUUUCAGCAUGAACACCUUCAUAGAGCAACUCAUGCAACACAAAGACGAAGUCUCAGGUGACAUUUUUGACAUCUUGCUGACGUUCACGGACUUCAUGGCCUUCAAAGACAUGUUUCUAGAAUACAGAGCUGCGAAGGAGGGCCGAGGUGUGGACCUGAGUGAUGCAGUAGUGGUCACCUCUCUGACCGCUGCAGGCUCCAAACACGCCACCUCCACAGAGUCGCCGUGACGCCCCCACCCGCUACACCCUCACUUCUCAUCUGUCCAUAGACCUUCAGGAACCACUGCUCAUGUUUGUCAUCACCACCUUCUUCAUUCCUCCGAAACGAAUUUACACCUGAGUCCGAAUCCUGGCUUCCCACCCACCGGCUCAUCCACAUGUCCAGCAGCUGAUCCCGUUUUCCUGGUUAGAUAUCAGACUGUUUAUUGUCCCGCAUUGUUAUGAGAAUUUAGUGAGGUUAAUACACAUUUUCUGAAUGUUUAAAUAGUCAGCAUACACAUGACGGAUGUGAAAGUCAUUUUUACCGUAGACAGUCGUUGUACUUUACAGAAAAGUUUUUUAUUUUUCCUUCUUUUAACGAGUUUUCAUUCUGCAUGUAUGUUCUGUCACUUUGUAAAAAAAAUCUUUUCAAAUAAAUGAAUGAAAAGCU